CACAUUGACACGCUGCAUGACUCUAGAAAUCAUCAUUGAUAGAAUAUAAAAAGUUUAUUUCAACACAGAAUACAGACUUCAAUAAAGUGUCAAGAUGAAUCAGAAUGAAACAUCAAAUAUAUCAGAAAGCACUAAUGUAAACCCUUCCCUUAGAUUAUUAUAUGCCGUGUUAGCUGGAAUAGUGGCCCUUGUCAACAUCAUCUACAUCAUUGUCUGUUUUAAGGUGCUAAGACAAAGGUUUCUUCUCCUUGCAGUAAUGGGACUUUGCUUCAGCGAUGCGAUCUUAGGAGUGGCAGCAAUGAUUUUUUCAGCUUCACCAGUACUCGAGAUAACAACUGGAAUAAAAGAGAUAUGCUGGUUACAGCUUUUUCUGCUGAAUUUUGGAUUAUGCUUAAACUACGGUUUUAUUUUUCUUAUUUGUCUUCAAAGAUAUUUGACCAUUAGAUCAUACAAUUAUGGAACUGUGGCACAUUUUGACAAGAAGAAAUACGUGUAUGUUUGUGGUAUGAUAAUCUUAGUAUUUCUAAUAACUUUUGGAGUAAGUAUACUUUCACCUAAAGAAGAUCUAGACCAGUUGACCUAUUGCACAGCACCUAACUUAUAUGGGAAGGGAUAUGUAUAUUUUGUUGCUGUCGGAUUAGGACCACCGGUAAUUCUAACAUUUCUCGUAGUAUUGCUAUCAAGCUUCUCAAGUAUUCAUUUAUGGAGAAUAUAUUUCAAGAACCGAAAAACGAAACCUAUCUUAGAGACUUUCACAAACAGGAAUACUACCUUCACUGAGCAGUCAAAACGUUCCGAACAUGAACAAGAUUUGCCAGGACAAACAACGAGUUCCAUCGAACAAGAUUUGCCAGGACAAACAACGAGUUCCAUCGAACAAGAUUUGCCAGGACAAACAACGAGUUCCAUCAGCUGGAGUAAUAAACAAGAUAAGCUAUGUAUUAAACAUCUAGAAAGCAAAUCACAGAAUGAAGACAACCGAAAAAUCCAUAUUCAACCGCAAAAUGAUGAAGAUACUUGUAAAACAAAUACAAAGGUAAUUCAAACUGUGGCGGCCAUUGACACAUGGACAGUUAAUUCUGUAAGUCACAAAGAUGAUAAGGCUAUACACAGCGACAGAAAAAAGAGAAGUAUUCAAAUUGAAAACAAGAAUAUGAACACACAAAUGCAAACUGGAAUAUUUGUGCCAGUAAAUAAUGACCAACAACAGCAAAGUAUAUUUGAUAUAUUCGAACAGAACGAAAGAGCAGACAACACAGAUGACACUUUGAGAAACGACGAUUUAAUUCAAGUUCAGAAUGAAAUAAUUUCAAUCAUGGACGACUGUAAUGACCAAUCUACUACCAAUGAACAGCCCAAGAACGAAAACAUCUUAAAUUGUCAAAACAAAACCGAAAUGGAUGACACUCAAAGAAUCGUUCAGCACCAAACCAAUAUCACUAAAACCAUGGAGAGAAUGGGAGACUACAAGAGGUUUCAGCUGAGGAAAUCUUGGGAAGUCCGAGCAUUUGUCACAAGUAUUGUCAUAGCUAUACAAACAAUUCUUUUAACAGGACCUUUUAUAUCUUCGUUUUGGAUAGAGAUAAUACACGGAUCAACGUUGCCUUUGCAGACAAGAUUUAUUCUUUCUCUCCUGUUUUUAACAAAUUCACUAUCUAACCCAUUAAUAUAUGCAUGGAGAAUUCCAGAAAUACGGCGAGAGUUCAGAAAUCUUUUGAAACGAAACAAUUGACUGUUGGCGGUUUCUAAACAAAUAAGAGUCACUUUACACUCUAAAGGCAAUAUGUCAAAUACCAACCACCAGACAUUAUAAAAAAUGUAAUCAUUCUGCUGACUUUAAUUCUUUUCUCUUAAUAUUAUACCUUAUAAUCGUAGGACGAGUAAUGCGUAGCCGGACAGAACAUAAACACCCUGUUAAUCCCACUUUCUUUGUAUUUUUUUAUAUUUCAAAGAAGUGUUCUAAGAAAAUAAUUAUUCAAGUGUUCUACUUGACACGGGAAUAACAGAAGGAAGUAAUAUAGGUUGCACUUUGUUUAUACAGCUGUUUCACAAGCCCCGUAUUUUUUGGGAAGAUAUAUAAUAUUCAUAGAUAGGUUGUUUUGUUUACGUUCUGGUUCCCAGAUAUGAUCUCUAUGUUUCAGCUCAUAGAUAAAUAACUUGGGAAUGUUGCCAGUAUAUAAACACAUGGUUGCUGCGAAUUUUGAAUUUUGAGGGUCACCCAAAGUGAAGGGAGGGAUAGUACAGAAUUUAAGUAUAAGUUUAAACUCUUAGAAAUUCGGGUCAUAUAAAUGUUGAAAAUAUGCCACACAGUCCUAUGUUUUGACCUUUGAAUAAAAUAGUAGUGCAUAUCAACUUUCCAUUCUAAGAUAUAAUUUUUCACGAAACUUCAGAGUAAAAGUGGCACAGUUUUAGCCGUAAAGGAAGUUCCUAUGGGAAAUUGCAAUGUUUAUAUUUACAAAAAUGCAACCUAUAUAUAACGCUAUAACGCUGUCAAAUCUGCAGAUAUCUGAACAAAGAUUGACAAAUACAUAUUUAAUGGCAUUUAAUACAUAGCAUUAUCUGCAUUUAACAAAACUCAAAUAAUAACGAUUUAGAUAUACUAUUGUAUGGACACUUGUCUAUCGUUGUAGAAAUGUUGUCAUUUAGUUGUGUUCUGGAUAUUUUUUGUAGUGAACAAAGGUCUGGGUGGGUGUUCUUCAUUUCUAUAUUCUUCAUUUUUAAGGCUAUUUUUCUGUUGUUUUUUUUUAAAUUUUGUCUGUUAUUCUAUAUUCUUUAUAUUUUAGCACCCCAUUAUUCUGUAUUUAUUUUUUGGGUCUAUUUUUCUCUAUUCUUUAUUUCCCCCCUUUAUUCUUCACAUUUUCCUCAUUACUAUCUAUUCUGUAAACCCCAUCCACACCCUCUUGAGUUGCUGACUUAGUGACGUACACCGUACAUCUUCUUUCAUCAUAUGCAUGCUCCAGUUAGUGGGCGACAUAUAUACACCAAGCAGACCAUUGAGUACUAUAUGAACUUUGGUGUACUUUCAAGAACGACGAUCAUUCGUAUAUUUUUAUGAUAUACACAGCUGCCUCUG